UUACCCACUGUCUCUAUCACUGCAUUUGGGAAGACACUACACAUAUACUGUAUUUGGAUCCCUUUUUGCUUGAACUAAGACAAAAAAAAAAAACAGAGGAAGCAUGGUAUCUGCUGGGCUACAGAUGUUGGGCACGGCCCUGGGCAUCAUUGGCUGGAUCAUGACCAUCGUGAUUUGUGCCCUGCCCAUGUGGAAGGUCUCAGCUUUCAUUGGGAACAACAUUGUGACGGCACAGGUCAGCUGGGAAGGCAUCUGGAUGACCUGUGUGGUGCAAAGCACUGGCCAGAUGCAGUGCAAGGUCUACGACUCUAUGUUGGCUCUCAGCUCAGACCUGCAGGCAGCCCGUGCACUGUGCGUCAUUUCCAUUUUAGUUGGUAUCGUUGGAAUCUUCCUGGCCAUCGCUGGUGGCAAGUGCACCAACUGUGUGGAGGACGAGAGCACCAAAGCAAAGGUGGGCAUCGCAGCCGGCGUGACCUUCAUCAUCACUGGUAUCCUUUGUCUGAUUCCUGUCUGCUGGACAGCCAACAACAUUAUCAGUAACUUCUACAACCCUCUCGUGAAUAGUUCACAGAAAUAUGAGCUUGGAGCUUCUCUGUACAUUGGAUGGGCCGCGGCUGCUCUGUUGUGCAUUGGAGGAGGUUUGCUCUGCUCCAACUGUCCACCCAAAGACAACUACUCUGCAAAGUAUACACCAGCCAAAUCAUCAGGAUCCCAAGGCUACGUGUGAUCCUUCCAAAAGAGGCUUCAUCUCUGGACUUGAUCUACAUGAUAUGCUGUGUUUGGGCCAGCUGAUAUAGAUGGCGCAUAUUUUAUUGUAUUGUGUUGUAUUAGCUGCUCACCAAAGUCGUGAGAGUGCAAAGCCGUAGUGGAACAAGCAACGUCAUGACAAACAGCAGCAUCUGUCAGUGUUGGGUGCAACACUUUGGUGAUUUUGGGGGGUUUUUUUGUUUGUUUGUUUGCUUCCCUUAAUAACCAAAAGCUUUAAUAUACUGAUUGCUGUGCUCUGAUUUAGAUUUCAUUUCAUUUCAAAUUUGUUUUGUUGGACUGUAUUAAACAAUACACAUGUAUAGCAUUUCAAUUCUACAUUUUAUAUUUUACAUGUUUACAUUUUACUUAUAUUCCAUAUCAUAAAAUUUGAUGCUAUGGUA